AUGGCGCCUCCACCGCUCACACCUAAGCCACUGGUGUGCCUACCGUCAUCGCCGCUGCCGGUCCGGUCACCUGUACUGGUCGGGCGCCUCUCGCUACUGCCGCCACAACCUAUGGACACUGAGGCUGCCAUCACGCCGCCACUGCUGCCACCAUCGCCCAUGGAAAUUGCUUCUCCACCUCCUCCAAGCUUACCCAGUGAUGGUGCGUGGCCUGGCAGGUUUUCCACGGGGCAUUUUCCUCGCCCACCCACGAGCAAUUCGGGGUCGCGGGUGGACAGCGCGCCCUGGCAGUUCCGCUGUGCGCCCCCUCAGCUGCGCCACCCAUGGGUCCCUCCACCUGCCAUCGGAAGCCAUACUCAAUGA